UUUUGAUGUCUGUUGUUAACAUGAAAGAAUACCCCACUUCUACUUUUCUUUUUGCACAAAUGCAGUUUAGGUGUAUCGCUCCUUCCAUGAUUAGUUUGAGCAUGUUGAUCAAUUAUUUUUGUCGUUUGGGUCAAAUGAACUCUGCUUUCUCUGCAUUGGCCAAGAUUAUCAAUAUGGGUCAUGAAUUGAAUGUUAUAACACUUACCACACUCAUCAGAGGGUUCUGUAUAAACGGAAAGUUUAGGGAAGCCCUACGGUUUCAUGACAAACUAAUAUCUCUAGGUUUUCAGCUUGAUGAGGUUAGUUAUGGGAUCUUAAUUAGUAGUCUAUGUAAAAUGGGGCAAGCAAGAGCCGCCAUGGAGCUUUUGCAAAAGCUAGAGAGUUAUACAGUUAAGCCUAACAUAGUAAUGUACAGAACAAUUAUCGAUGGAUUGCGUAAAGAUGGUCUUGUAAAUGAGGCACAAAAUUUGUUCUCAGAGAUGAUUUCUCAAGGAAUUUAUCCUGAUAUUGUCUCAUACAAUUCUCUGAUGCAUGGUUUGUGUUGCACUGGUCGUUUAAAAGAAGCAACUCAAUUGUUGAAUGAUAUGGUUGUUAUAGACAUUAACCCAGAUGUAUGUAUCUAUAACAUUCUAGUCGAUGCAUUAUGUAAAGAAUGAAGAAUAAAAAAAGCCAAACAAGUGUUUGAUAUGUUGAUGGACAGAGGAAUCAAGCCUGAUGUAGUCACAUACAAUGCAUUAAUAUAUGGAUACAUUUUAAUUGGCAAAGUGGAUGAAACAGCAAGUUUAUUUGGUGAUAUGAAGAAAAUUGGUCUGGCUCCUUGUGUCUGGAGUUAUAGUAUUAUGAUAAAUGGAUAUUGUAAACACAAAAGAUUGGAUGAAGCUGUAACACUCUUUAAAAAGAUGCCCCAGAGAAAUUUGGUUCCAAGUACUGUAACAUAUAAUUCUCUUAGGUAGCGUUUGUUUUGAAGUACUGGGACAGAGACUGGGAGACUGAGACACAGUAUCAUGUUUGUUGGCUCAAAGACUGGUGCUAAAAUUUCUGUCUCUGUCCCUAAAAUUUCAGUAUUUCAGUACCUCCAAAAAGUAAGGACACAAGAGACUGAAAUUUUUAGAGACGGAGACUGAAAUUUUAAUAACAUUUUAUACCUAAAAUACCUUCAUUUCAAUUAAUUAAUUUCAAUUUUAUCCUUUUUGCAAAUUAAAUUAGAGUUUUAUUCUUGUUUCAAUUUCUGUCUCUCACUUUGCACCAAACAGAAUACUGAAAUUUAUUUCGGUCUCUGUCUCCUAAUCUCUGUCUCUCAAUCUCAGUCUUUCAGUCUCUGUCUCUCUACCAAACGCUACCUUAUUGAUGGCUUUUGCAAAUCAGGGAGAAUACCUGAUGUGCAAAAUUUUAUUGAGGAUAUGUAUGCUAGAGGCCAGCUCCCAAAUAUUAUUACUUACAAUAUCUUGUUAGACAAUUUGUGUAAAGGUAGUCAUCUUGAU